AUGUGGAUGCGGCAUUGGGGUGCCGAGUCGCCCAAGCCGACGAAUCUUUGGUCAAACAGCUUGUGGGUCCAGCAGUUGAGCCUUGGCACACUUACCAAGGAACAGAAGAAAGGUUCUGUGCCAUUGGCUGAGCAGUACAUCGAUAAAAAGGGGAAGAAACGAUGCCACGGUGUCAAAAGGCGACUCAAAAAAUCCCAGGUGUAUACGAAACCCUUCGCACGACGUGUGGCCUCCCUCUUUCCCCGCUUCCGUUCUGGCGCAGCGCCACUGCGCAAUCCGCAGGACUGGACAACAAAAUCCUUUCAUAAAAAACAUUAUAUUUUUCCUAUAAUAUUUAUACAUAUUACGGCAAGAUUCUUACUUGAUGCAAACGAUAAAACUCUUAUCGCCUGUAAACACUAUACUAUAUAUAAUAUAUAUCAUAUAUAUUAUAGCAAUUUCAGCAAUUUCAUGUUGGUUUUCCAUCCCAAACCCCCAAAGAAGGCCGCCACAAAGGUUCCUUUUUGGGUAUCUUGUGGUUUUUAG